AUGGAGCAGUGCGUUGCCAUUGCGGAUUACGAGGCGGGUGACUCUGAUGAGAUCAGUUUCCGCUGCGGCGAUGUCAUUGCGGUGACGGCGAAGGGAAGCACCUCCGGCUUCUGGGAAGGAUUUGUGGUGACACCGGGCCACGGGCACGACGCCGCGAAGGGAUCCCGCGGUCUUUUCCCCAACUGCUUUGUUUCGUCCAACAUGCGGCCUCAAGAGGUACCCACCUUCUGCAACAGGGCUCUCUGCCUGCACGACUACAAGGCGAGGGAUGAGUCAGAGAUGUUCUUUAAAAAGGGAGACCUUCUCCAACUGAUUCGACCGGGCGCAUCGUCGGGGUGGUGGUUUGGCGUCAAUGAAAGCGAGAUGGAACGCCUGGGCAAGCAGAAGGAGACGGGGAGCGAAAUUGCCCGUGCAUGUGGAUCGAUGGCGGAACCGCGCCUGCUACCGAGCAACUUUGUGACAUGCAACAUUGUUUUUGCCGCCUUCUCCUUCGAGGCACGGCAGAGGCAUGAGUUGAUGUUUGAGGUCGGCGACGUCAUUCAGGUGUAUCGCAGAUGGAAUGACGGGUGGUGGGAGGGAACUUUGCGGGGUCGUCGCGGUAUAUUCCCGAGCAACUACACACUUCCAAACGUGGCCACCACCACACCUCCCUUCUUCUGCAACACCUGCAAGUCCGUGUUUGUGGAUGACUCGCUCCACUGCGAGACGUGUGCCAAGGCGGAAAAUGUCACUCGCUCCAUGAUCACUGCCCUGGAUGACUAUGCCCUGGGGAAAAUGAGCAAGCUCGAUCUCUUUGCAUAUGUGGACGUUGUGGGUGCAGAGGCUCCUGUAAGGGGAGCGUGCAGCGCAGGUGAAUGA